GUUAGCGGCUGCCCGGAGCUUGACUGUGGACACAAAAAACUGCGAAAUCAAGGAGAAGGACAGCGCCCAGAAUAACUGUAAACCUCUGCUAACUGUGAGGAGCAUCGCGGUGGAGAUGGGACCCCGGCCACACUCUCCGGGCUGUCGGACUGUAAAACAGAGUUUCCCCCUGAAUGAGACAUCGCGCUAAUCUGGCUUCACUUGGAGCAGAAAUGGUUACAGGACAUGUCCUUCGGUUUGUUAAAGCCACAGCGCUACAUUCAAGUCUCCAAGCAUGCUACAGUAGUGACAGUAUCUCUCCACUCAGCAGCACUGUUUGAUCCAAGAGAAACGUGCCUUGUAAGGAAGCAGGAUGUUCACAGGCUCCACCAAACUGCCACCCGCUAAAACCCCCCAGCCUGAGCGGCUGGAUGAAGUGUACGCCGCCUUACGUAGAGGCUUACAGUCGUACCUGCAGGUCCACCAGCUGGAGCUGGACAGUCUGGGUCAGCAGAUCAGAGAAAACAAGAGGAACGGUCGUUUGGGCUCUUUGUAUGAGCAGGAUAAGCAAGUGAAAGCCAUUGAGAGGUUUAUGCGUCGCUUGGAAUUCCACCUCAGCAAGGUUGAGGAGCUGUACGAUGCUUACUGUAUACAGCGGCGGCUGCGUGAUGGAGCAAGUAAGAUGGUGGCAGCUUUUAACUCCGCCACUGGCAGCAAAGAGGCCAGAGAGAGCCUGAGUGAAGCCAACAAGGGCUACAGGGAAUGUACAGAGCACAUGUGCUCACUUGAGAGUGAAUUAGAAAGCCAGAUGGGAGAAUUUCACGUCAAGAUGAAGGGCCUCGCUGGCUUUGCACGGCUGUGUGCUGGUGACCAGUAUGAGGUCCUGAUGCGCUAUGGGCGGCAACGCUGGAGGCUACGAGGCCGCGUGGAAGUCAGCAACAAGCAGAUGUGGGACAGCGAAGAGUACAUCUUCCUGCCUCUCGUCACAGAACUGCUGUCAAUCAAGGUGACGGAGCUGAAGAGCCUGGCCAAUCACGUGGUGGUGGGCAGCGUCUCCUGCGAGAUGCUCGACCUGUUCUGCCCACUUCCCCAGACGCUCGCCGUGGAUAUUAACGACCUCGGGACGGUGAAGCUGAACUUGGAGGUCACCUGGAGUCCGUUUGAUAAGGACGACCAGACAUCGUCCACCAGUACAGUUUCCAAACGGCUGCUGUCCAAUCAGAGCCCUCCUGACACACCCUCAAUGCGGGAGCAGGUCUUCUAUUCUCUGCUGAAGCGGCAGGGAGAGCUUGAGAACGGGACCGUCUGGUCCAACUCCUCUGAAUCCUCCGAUGACUCCUCCAGUCCGGCCCUGGCUCACCACGCUCAGAGGCUGUCGGCCUCCAACAUGCUGCAAACCACUCUCACCACUCAGCUGUCGUUCACGCCGCACAAGUCCAGCACGUCGACGCCGUCGCUCUCAUCCAACCAAGAAGAGGACGAGACGGAAGCCAACGAGGCUUUCUCUCAGAUCGACGCUGUGCCCAACGGCCAUCUGCAGACUUCCUGCUCUCACAGCCACACCGGCGAGAGCAGCCCAGACUGUCAUGUGACGGACAGAGCAUCUGUCCAAUCAGCUGACCUUUCUGAAACUUCAGCGGACCUGAGCUGCUCGUGCCCUGACGUUUCUUCUGAACCUCCUGUGUUGUUGGUGGAGAGAACAGACGUGCCUGAAUGUGGCGGCCAACAAGUGUGUAUUUCAGCAGACGAGGUAAAGGAUGAUCCAUCCGAGGACUUGACAGAACAGGCUGAAGCAGAAACAGAGGACAAAACCACUGAGGCUCACAGACAGCCGCACGAGUCCGUCCAGGAGUUAAAACAACCAGAGGAGCCGCCGAUGGUUCCCUUUCCUACUUCUUCUAGUUUCACUCAGGAAGUCGAGACGGCGCUUGAAAGUUUCGACUUUCUCAACUGCUCUGACCUCGAUGAAGAUGAGGAGGAAAAGGAAGAUGAGCAACAAGAGGAAGACGAAGGAGAAAAGGAAGAAGAGGUCGGACAGAAUGAAGAGGACCAAAGCAAAGAGGAGGAAGAGAAAGUAGACGUGGAAGAAAAGGAUGUAGAGAACUUCUACUGUGGAGGAAGUGACGAAGAGGAGGCGGACGGUCUAGAGAUCCUCAUGGAAGCCCCAGAAGGAUUUAGGAACUCCGAUGAAGAUCGUUUCUCUGAAUCACAGGAGUCGAGUGUGGAGGAUAUUCAGGAUUUGGGUCAGGUGGAAAUGCCCGAGGAGGAGGAAGAGGAGGAAGAGGAGGAGGAGGAGCAGGAGGAGCAGGAGGAGGAGGAGCACGGCGAGGAAAAGGGAGAUGAACAAGAUGGAGAGGACACAUCACAUAAUCAGGAGGAGCGUCCCUCCACUCCCACGCAUUUGGCCACUACUGUCUUCUAAUGACACGGUGGAACCAUAGCUAAACCAUUUCCUCCCUGUCUGAUCCGCUCAUGCCAUCUCUCACUUACUGCGGGAUUGGACACCUCGAGGAUGUUCCACUUACUGCUCAGACAAACAAGCUCUUCCAUUACUGCUGAGUUUGUGCACAUAAUUUGCCUAGUUCUGACCAAGAACGAUAAACCUCGGGGUUUCUGCACCUCAGUCAUGACUGAAAAUCCCCCCUCUCACACACACACAUCCCUCCAGAGUCCUCAAUAUUUCACACACACACACACACACACACACACACACACACACACACACCAUCAUGUUGCCUGGGUUAAAGUGGGAUACCACUUAGUUUACACAUUCACUAACUGUUCCUGUCAUGUGAAAAUCCAGUGUCCUAAAUGUAAACAUUUCAGGAACAGCUAAAAGCGGCCUUGUUUUUGGCGUUCUAACAGUGCAUUUUCUUCAGUAAUUUAACAGGUUUUCAUAGAGGCAUACAAUCAUUCAUCGAGGUGAAAGCAAGAAGACAAAGCCAAAAGACGAGGUUUUCAAAACUAUCAGUAUUUGUAGACGUUUGAGGUUAUGAUUCGCAGUGUUAAAUCGGUGUACAGCCCCGGAGCUCUUUCACUGUUUGUGUCAGAGGAAAGACUUUCAUGAGCAUGUGAUGUUUGUCUGAAGAUUUUCAUUGACGUGAGCUACAGUGCUGUGGACGUGAUGUCAUUUCCAAACCAGGAAUGCACCCUGAAAAUCAGGAGGUUGUAUUCAAAAAAUUCACAUGUGCAGAAGUUACAUUUAACCUUCAAAACAACACCAGGACCCAGGCUGAACCUAUGAUCAUGACUUAGAGUAGAAAUGGGUAUCAACACUUGAAGUAUAGGAGUUUCUUUAAAUAAGUCUCUCUUCAAAACUUUUUUUUUUAUACAAACAUACAAACAGUUUGCAGUGUAAACUAUAUUUAAACCUGCAUGUGUAGCUGCCUCACACUGCCAGCAUGUUUGUAUAAAAAGUGUGUAAGCUAGGCUCCGGUCCAAGGAAGCCAUCGGGUCUGUAGCUGUGUACAAAAGCCGCCUCACGGGGGCGCUAUAGUCUUUCAGCAUCAUGCUUUACAUUGAUCUACAAAAGCCUCUUCAUUCAGAAAGUGCCUCAAGUGACAAAAGAUGUAAGGUUUCAAAUGAGCGAAUGCCAUGACAGAAGAGAUCAGGCAAAGAUAACAGUGUUUAUUUUCUGAAUUACUUUAAGAGUGUGCACAAUAAGAGAUAUUUACUGUUUCAUAUAAAGAAUUGUAUAUGUCUUGAAAUGUUAAAAUGUUUAUGUUCAGAAAUGUUAAAACUUUAUAAAGGUUUCUUUAAAAUUAA